AUGCCGUCCGUCAAGAACCCCAACGGCCCGUCCAAGAACCGCCUUGCGGCGCGGGCGGCCAAGGUCAAGAAGUUGAGGCAAAAACAGUGCGCCUUUGGCAAGAACAAGAUCAGCAAGGCCGACAUCACGCGCGGUGCGAGGCCUGGGCUGCUGCCAACGAGCGGUCCUCGGGCCAAGCUCAGCGCCAAGAAGGCCCGGAAGCUGGACAAGAAAAUGAAUUACGCCAUGAAGAGGAAAAUGGAGGCCGAGGGCGAGGCAGAGAUGAAAGACGCGCCAGAGAUUGAUGGGGAGGAGAAGCAUGACGGCGGAGAGGAGGAAAUGAAGGGGAUUCAGUGA